CGGACGCAGUCGAGGUGGCGGCCCGGGUCGCUAAGGACUGCGGAGGCGUCGGCGGGCUCAGAACUUGCCGAGCCGAGCGGAGACUCCAAGGCUGGGGCACCGGGGCUCUCGGAGAGGCCCCGCGCUCUGCCCUCCAGCGCCCCGGACCUGGGGUCUGAGCCCGUCUGACCUACCAGAAACAUGGCAACCAGUGCCGUCCCCAGUGACAACCUCCCCACCUACAAGCUGGUGGUGGUGGGAGAUGGGGGUGUGGGCAAGAGUGCCCUUACCAUCCAGUUUUUCCAGAAGAUCUUUGUGCCUGACUAUGACCCCACCAUCGAAGACUCCUACCUGAAACACACAGAGAUUGACAAUCAGUGGGCCAUCCUGGACGUUCUGGACACAGCCGGGCAGGAGGAGUUCAGCGCCAUGCGGGAGCAGUAUAUGCGCACGGGGGACGGCUUCCUCAUCGUCUACUCGGUCACGGACAAGGCCAGCUUCGAGCACGUGGACCGCUUCCACCAGCUCAUCUUACGUGUCAAGGACAGAGAGUCAUUCCCGAUGAUCCUCGUGGCCAACAAGGUCGAUCUGAUGCAUUUGAGGAAAAUCACUAGGGAGCAAGGAAAAGAAAUGGCCACCAAACACAAUAUUCCGUACAUAGAAACCAGUGCCAAGGACCCACCUCUCAACGUGGACAAAGCCUUCCAUGACCUGGUUAGGGUAAUUAGGCAACAGAUUCCAGAAAAGAGCCAGAAGAAGAAGAAGAAAACCAAAUGGCGGGGAGACCGGGCCACCGGCACCCACAAACUGCAGUGUGUGAUAUUGUGACAGGCCUGAGGCCCUGGCGACAGUGACCGUGGACCGGCCAGCCCUCGGGACCCUCCACUGCCUAACCACACUGAAAACCAUUUCUAACCAUGACCCUUGGCCCGAGGACCUGGCAUGAGAAGGGAGAAAGGGAGGGCGGGCAGGGAGGAGGUAGGCUCUGGCUUUGCCAGAAGGGCACAGGCCUUCCCAUGUCUCACAAGAGACAGGGAAGCAACAUGAAACAGAAGCAGCAUCCAAGCAUCCCUCAUGUUGAUUCAAAGCAGCUGUCCCUCAUCUCUGGGUGGCUGCGUGGUGGCUUUGAAGUACAUGGUAUCGGCGGGAUGUGGAAGCGAGGAUCCAUGGACAGAGUACCAAACAAGCCAUGAUCGAUUCCCCCACACCCCCCUGCCCCAGCCCAAAGUCUGAGCUUGGGUGUCUUUUGUAGAUUUUUAAAUUAUUUUAGUGAUUAUAAUUUUAUUAAAGGGGUCUGUGCCCACUGACUGGCAGAGCUUCGUAUCUUCAGCAGGCCUGUCUGAGACCACAUCUGGAAUAUUGUUGUUGUUGUUGUUUUUAACUGAGUUUUCCCCAGCAGUGCCAAAACUCAGCUCAGCAUGGAAGAGGGGGGACCGAGAGACUCGUGGCCGGAGGCCUGGGGAGAAGCACCCCACUCAUGGCCUCCAAACCAGAGAGAAGAGAGACACGUUUGUCCAGAAGGUUUUACUGUGCUUGAGAUUGCAGGUAUUAGGAAGCAGAAUUGUAUUUUGCUGAGCGGAGAGGCUGGCAGGAGCAUGUCAGUUUUAAGAGGGGUUUUCAUGAUCCUGGAAAUAUAGAAAUUAAGCCGAUUGGCUUUGCAAAAGCGUUUGUCUGCAUUGCAGACAAUGUGGACCAAGCUCUGUGCUCCGAGGGCUCUCCUGCAUGUAUCUCUUCUUGCUUUCCCACCACCUGCACUGCCUGGUGCCUCUUGGAUGCAAACACACGGGCAUGGAGGUUUCAGCACGUCACGGUAGGCUCAUGUGGAUGCCAUCCAGAAGGCUCUAGUUCUUGCUGAAUCUUAACCAAAAAUGAUCCAAUACUGUUGUUGCUAAAAACAGCACCAAGACCCAAAGCCUUUUCCAUCUGAGUCCACUGACCACCGCUCCUUAAAGCCCAGUAAAUGAGCAAACCCUGCUGAGCAUUUGCAACCCUACGAUUAGCUUGCCUUUCUGGCACACACUUUUCUUAGCUUCUUGGAUCUUAACUAUAACAUAAUCAGAGGAGAAAGAAAGGUUGGGGUGAUGACAUGGCCCCCACAUGUCAUGUUUCUAUAAGGGGGCAUCUCCCGCCAGCUUCCUGACGAUGCCACAUCCCUCUCAGGUGCUGCUGGUGUGAUCCAAAGACUGGGUUUUCCCAGCCAGGGAGGGUGAAGGUGCAGCAACAACAGUGCACCCCUGAUGGAAGGUCAGAAGAUGAGGCGGCAUGGCUAGUGGCCUCAUUUUCUAUUUACAGAUCAGAUCACUAAGCAAACUAGAGCAUCCCUAACAGGUGGCCUGGCUUCCUCUUUGGUGAAAGAAACCCUGAGAAAGUGAACACCCAACUGGACAUCAAGACACCUGGAUUCUUGUCUGGUUUUGAGAGUGUGCUGCGUUCCUAACUCAGCAAGAUCACCAGCACCAGGGGGCCCAGCGACUCUGUGUCGAAUGAAAUAAUUGGGACUUGGGUUAAUUGGAAAAUCAAACUUUGUCCAAAUGGCCCUUUUUCCCCCUGACCCUGAAAAGAAAGAGAACAGAGAACAUUCCAGGUCAUGCACUACAGAGUGUCCCAAGAUCCGAUCAUAUUAAUGGGCAUUUUAAACACACAGGACAAGGCCCUUUCUGACCCUUCUGCUCCUCUGAGCCGAGUCCACAACAGCCGUGGGUGCAAAGGGGAUGAGGAGACUGCAGCAAGACAGGCGGGAAGAAGUAUGGAUGGAGUUGCUUUGCGCAAAGGAGUGGUGGAGUGGGGCGGGAAGCCCUGCGCACAGGGGAGCGGCCACUGCUGGAAAGCUGCUCCUGGGCACAGACGACCAUCACAUGCCCCUACUCCCUGCUGUCUGCAGAGCCUGCAACUUCUUGGCAGCACGAGUGGGGAGUCCUGUUGGAGGCGGAUCAGCUGACCUAGAAUGAAGCCCUUAGCCAUGAAGGUAACCAGAUAAAGGGGUUCCAUCUGCUUCUGGUCCCUCCCUCAACAGGGGCAGUGCAUCUGCCCACCCCGACCCUAUCUUCUGGGACAUCUGUCCUGCAGUCAGCCCACAGCUCAGCUCCACAAUGCUCGAAGGAGAAACUGGUUAAGGAAAGGCCUUCUUCUGCGGAGUCAGGGGUCAGGCUUCAGCUUCCAUGACCCUGUGUUCCCCAUAGGUGAGACAGAGAACACUUUUCAGAGACCGUUCUUCACGUUUUAGAGAAUUGUGGGCUUCCAGAUAGGCCAGAAUGGAGUGUACCUUCGGGCAUCCCCCGUACAAUAUCUUCUCCGUGGUCAUGUGGCAGGGUCAGCUGGGAUACCCAUUGGCCAUGCUACUCCAUGACUUGAGGUGUCCAAUGGGACUUGUGUCUUUGGUGACACUUUGGUGUUUCCACUGGUUUUCCAGACCACCGAAUAGUGCUAACUUUACAUCUCCCAGAACACACGCUUCCUAAAAUCCCCUCACCCCAUGCCUUUGCCACUGUGUGCUCUCAAAUCUCCUCCUCAAAUUUUGACACCCCCAACUAGGGCUACUUUUCUAUCCAACAGGUAAUUUUAGCCAUCUUCCCCACCCCUACAGCCUGGGGCUCUAGCCACUGACUUUUCCUAUACUUUGACGCAUGGAGGUCACUUGGAUGGUUUAUAUUAGGAUUUUGACCUCACCUUGUGUUGUCUGCUGUGCAGAGUGCCUGGUAGCCUAGUGUGGCCAAUCUCACUUUGCCGGGAGAUGUGACCCACUAACACAUGGCAGCUCUGACCCAAAGGCCCCUCAGUCAUGUGACAGUAAAUCUGGAGCCACAGACAGAUUCCCUCCAUUAGCAGCCCACUGGGUUAGAAAUUCCAUGUUGGGUUUACAUAGAACGAAAGAUACUUGAAUUGUUGAGCGCCUGUGAGUGCACAGCUUCUGCUACCCGGUAUUAACAGAUGGCCAUUGUUGUGAAAUGGGAGUGAUGCCUGAGGGUCUUGAUGAUGCUUGAGCCUUUUAUGUAACUUUUUAUUAAGUCUUUGUGUAUCUCAACUCAUUAAUAAAGAAAAGAAGAACACUUGUCUUGUAUCCUCUUA